UACGUGCGAAACCUUCCCUAUAAGAUCACCGCCGAAGAGAUGUACGACAUAUUCGGCAAAUACGGGGCCAUCAGACAGAUCCGGCUUGGCAACACUCAGGAGACCAAAGGGACGGCGUUUGUGGUGUUUGAGGACAUAUUUGACGCGAAGAACGCGUGCGACCACUUGUCCGGAUUCAAUGUCUGCAACCGGUAUCUCGUGGUCCUCUACUACCAGACCAAUCGGGCAUUCAAACGGUUAGAUUCGGACAAGAAGUUGGAAGAGAUGGAAGACGUGAAGAAGAAGUAUAACGUGACUUAAGAACCGGUGAUUAUCACUACUACCUGUCCCUCACAUGGCAUCCGCAUACCGUUCCCUUUCAUUUCAUAUAGCGUUCAUGUCUUAAAUGUUUUAAAUCAUGAUUUAUAAUAAAGUAUUUGUUUUUAAAAAAAUAAA